AUGGCGAAUGAAGAGACAGACCGUGCGCCACGUGAGGUUAAAAACCACAUGCUGUUUGAGAUCGCCACAGAAGUUGCGCACAGAGUCGGUGGCAUCUACUCCGUUAUCAAGUCCAAGGCUCCGGUCACCACGGCCGAAUAUGGGGACCGUUACACCCUCAUCGGACCCCUCAACCACCAGUCCGUACCUGUAGAAGUCGAGGCCGUGGAGCCCACCAACCCUGAACUCGCCGCAACGAUCCAGUCUAUGAAAGACCGCGGCAUUGGCAUCUUGUACGGCCGCUGGUUGAUCGAGGGAGCGCCCAGGGUUCUUCUCUUCGACACAAAAACAGCAUACGGCUACAUGAACGAGUGGAAAGCUGAUCUUUGGAAUACCGCGUCCAUUCCCUCACCCGACAACGACGACGAGACCAACGAAGCCAUUGUUUUUGGUUACCUCGUUGCGUGGUUCCUAGGGGAGUACGUAUGCCAUGAGAAGAAGAAGGCCGUCAUUGCCCACUUUCACGAGUGGCUGGCGGGUGUUGCGCUACCACUGACCCGGAAGCGGCAAAUCGACGUGACGACCAUCUUUACAACCCACGCGACACUACUCGGCCGGUACUUGUGCGCCGGCUCCGUCGACUUUUACAACAACCUCCAGCACUUUGACGUUGAUGCCGAGGCGGGCAAGCGCGGAAUCUACCAUCGGUACUGCAUCGAGCGCGCUGCUACACACUCUUGCGAUGUUUUCACCACCGUCUCCCAUAUUACGGCUUACGAGAGCGAGCACUUGCUCAAGCGUAAGCCCGACGGUGUGCUUCCGAACGGCCUCAAUGUCACAAAGUUCGCGGCUGUUCACGAGUUCCAGAACCUGCACCAACAGUCCAAGGAGAAGAUCCACGACUUCGUACGGGGCCAUUUCUAUGGCCACUAUGACUUCGACCCCGAGAAUACGCUAUAUUUCUUUACGGCAGGGCGUUACGAGUUCAGGAAUAAGGGUGUCGACAUGUUCAUCGAGUCGCUAGCUCGCCUAAACCAUAGGCUCAAGGCGGCCGGCAGUAAGAUGACCGUCGUCGCCUUCAUCAUCAUGCCCGCGCAGACGUCGUCAUUGACGGUCGAGGCUCUGAAGGGUCAAGCGGUGAUCAAGUCCCUUCGCGACACUGUGGAUACGAUUGAGAGGAACAUUGGCCGGCGCAUCUUUGAGCGGUCGCUCAAGUGGCACGAUGGCGAGCCAAUGCCGGAAGAGAAGGAGUUGAUCUCGAGCCAGGAUCGCGUCCUACUCCGGCGGCGUCUGUUCGCGAUGAAGAGGCACGGUCUGCCACCGAUUGUCACGCAUAACAUGAUCAACGACAGUGAAGAUCCGGUCCUGAACCAGAUCCGCCGGGUGCAGCUCUUCAACCAUCCCAGCGAUCGGGUGAAGAUCGUGUUCCACCCAGAGUUCCUGAACUCUGCGAACCCGGUGCUGCCGCUCGACUACGACGAUUUCGUGAGAGGUACUCAUAUGGGCGUGUUCCCAUCUUACUACGAACCAUGGGGCUACACGCCCGCCGAGUGCACCGUGAUGGGUGUACCGAGCAUCACGACAAACCUCUCCGGGUUCGGCUGCUAUAUGGAGGAGCUGAUUGAGAAUUCCAGCGACUACGGCAUCUACAUUGUCGACCGUCGUACCAAGGGCGUUGAUGACUCGGUUAACCAGCUCACGUCGCACAUGUUUGACUUCGCCCAAAAGAGCCGCAGACAGCGCAUCAACCAGCGGAACCGGACAGAGAGGCUUAGCGACCUACUCGACUGGAAGCGGAUGGGUAUGGAGUAUGUCAAGGCCCGUCAGCUUGCGCUGAGGCGGGCGUAUCCCACGUCCUUCAAUGGCGAGGAGGAGGAGGAUUUCAUCCCAGGCGUGGACCAGAAGAUCUCGCGUCCGUUCUCUGUGCCUGGAUCUCCUAGGGAUCGGACCGGCAUGAUGACUCCUGGCGACUUUGCAAGCCUUCAGGAAGGUCGCGAGGGCCUGAGUACUGAGGACUAUGUCGCAUGGAAGCUCCCUGAGGAGGAGGACCCUGAUGAGUACCCUUUCCCGCUCACGCUGAGAACGAAGACGGCUGGGGCAACCGGGAGUCCGCCCGGCAGCCUCCCGGCCAACGGCAACUGA